AUGAGUGAGGUAGUCGCUGAAUCAACGCCGGCAGUUGAGCCGGUUCUGACUACGCGUGAGGUGAAUACAGAGAGGCCGAGCUGGUUGCCGGAGGAUUGGAGGUUCAAAUCAGUAGUUCGUAUGGCUGGUGCAGCUGCUGGACUUAUUGAUAAUUACUAUUUUGAACCACACUCUGGUAAAAGAUUUCGAUCAAAAACUGCUGUGCUUGAUUUUUUGAAACGGGGUGUCAAGCGCAAGACUGAGAUAGUUGGGGCGAGUGAUGAGUUUGGGCCACGCAGAAGCAAAAGGGCGACACAACCCUAUAAGCUUUUCGAAGGAUAUGUUUGA